UGCUGGAGCAAGUGCAGCGGCCACAUCCUUGUCUUCGCCGGGGCCACAGGGCACUGAGGGCAGCCCCGGGGCCAGCCGCGAGUGACCAGCCACCCUGCUUUCUGAGCCCCCAUCCACGACACCCCGGUAGCACCAGCCCCAGGGAGACAGACCCGCCAUCCCAGAUUUGCUAAGGCUGCCAGGACGGGUGAGACCUCUGGAGACCAUCACCAAGAAAGGGGAAGUGCAUCUUUAUACCCUCCUUGGUGCAGCCUUGCCCAGACUCAGGACCCAAGAGCCUGCUGGCAGACGCUUCCUCUGUUUCACUGUGUGUAAGUCCCUGGGAAUUCCCAAGAGCCUUCUCAGGGGAGGUUACAGAGAGCUGGACACCGCAGCCCUGCGGGCAGGGCCAGGGGCAUCCUCCGCUAGAGGGAUAAAUCGGGCCCUUGAGGCCUCCCUCUUACUGAGCCUUUGGGAAGGGAUCGUGGCAUCCUGGAUAAUUUCGUGCAUUCCCGAGGCAGCUCAAGUGUGCACAAACAGGCAUACUGCUGCCUCCGGGAGCUGGGCAAGAUGCUCUUCGGGGUCAAGGACAUCGCUCUGUUGGAGCACGGGUGCAAGGCACUCGAGGUGGACAGUUACAAGUCCCUGAUGAUCCUGGGAAUACCGGAAGACUGCAACCAUGAGGAGUUUGAAGAGAUCAUACGGGUCCCUCUGAAGCCUCUGGGCAAGUUCGAAGUGGCAGGGAAGGCCUUUCUGGAAGAAGACAGAUCCAAGGCAGCCAUCAUAAGGCUGGAGGAAGACAUCAAUUACGCUGUGAUCCCCAGGGAGUUCAAGGGCAAGGGCGGCAUGUGGAGAGUGGUCUACAUGCCCCGGAAGCAGGACAUUGAAUUCCUGACCAAGCUGAACCUUUUCCUGCAAAGCGAGGGCAGGACGGUGGAGGACGUGGCCCGGGUCCUGAGGCAGGAGCUAUGCCCAACAGUGCCGGGCCCCCGAGAGCUUCCUGCCAGAAAGUGCCGGGCACCCGGGCCCGGGGAGAAGCUGGGGGCCGGGGCCCAGGCGGCUGCUGACGGGGUGCCAGCUCUGGACUCCAUGGAGAAGCAGAGCAAGGCUGGAGAUGACAAGAGAGGCAAGCGAAAACACAAGAAAAGCCGUCGACGGCACCAUGCAUCUGACAAGAAGCUGUGAGGAUGGACCUUGAAGGUAACUCUCAUCCAGAGUGGGCCACCCUGUUUUGCAGAAACCAUGCCUGACUAAGUGAGUUGCCUGCUGGCCACACCUGAGGACCCCAGCGCUCUGUGUUUGACUCUGUCAAAAGCUGCCGCUGUCCUGUACACACUUGGUCUCCUUUACAAGGGAUGGUCACACAUGGGACUCUUCUGCUCCGAUUGGUCCCAAGGGUUAGGAUAUGGGUCUCCCCAAAUUCCCUUCCAGAAGCUCCAACUUAGGCACAGGGGCCACCCCACUCUAAAGAACAAAAGGCAAGACUUUCAGGAAAUGGUCCAAAAGGAGGUAAAUAAUUAGGAGGUCACCCUCAAGAGUUACCCAUUAACAACAUUAACUUGGAGUCCCCCAUGAUGGUGAAGAACAACAAAAACAAACAAAAAAAGAAUUGGUAAAAUCCAAACGUCCAUGGGUAGAUAGAGCUCUUAUUCAGGGACAUCCAGUCUGCGAAAUUGCAAACUUCCACUAGUUCAGGGAUUUGCAAAGGUUUGGGCUGAAUUUCUUUGGUUUAAAAAAAAAAUGUAAUUUACAUGCAUGCCACUCUGAUUCUCACCUACCAAAGUGUGAUAAUGGAGACCCCCCCCCCAACAUAUUACUGUGGUGGGCAUCAGUCACGUCUGUGAAUUCCAGCAUCCAACCCCUGUUCUUAUUUCUGUGAGGCUACCCCCUGAGCUCCCACAACAAACAGAGCCUAUGCACUCCCCCAACCUUGGCAGCCAAGGUGCAGGCAAGGAACCCACACUCAGGAAGUCAGAAAUCCCUCUUAGGUCAUUGCAUUCCCAGCAAGCAUCAAGACAGAAGGAAUUUUUAGAGUUCACAGGUGAUGACAACCUAAAAAUCUGGAAGACUCUGAUUUCUGUAAUUUCCCUCAGUGGGCUCUGAGCCAUCAGCCUCACCAUCCUUUUCUUUUUUGUGCAAUGGUCGGGAUGAGGCUUUUCCUGCCAUCCCUGCAUAUAUAUUUACUGUUCUUGCAAGUGCAUCUGUGGUCAUAGUGCUCUAUUGACCUUUCUCUCCCUUGUAAGUUUCCAGCCGGGCAACCUCACUCACAGUGUAUUAUGUUACUGUGUUCGCUGUUUCCUCAGAGUCUGGGCUUGAAUAAGACCUCAGGCACAUUAGCUUGUUGCAUGCCAUUCUCCCGUCAAGGCACAGUCAUUGUAUCAUAACAAGGGACAGUGUGACAUUCCUUAUUGUCUAUUGCAGCAUUGAGACUGAAUGUGUGCAUAUUGUGGGUUUGGGUGUUUCCCGCACAACAUCCAUAUGUGUGAUACACAACAUGAUUGUGAGUCAGUGUUCAUUGUUGCCCCUAAAACCCAAUUUCCUACCCCUUCUCGAGGUUUUCUGGAAGUUUCCUGACAUAGCAACAUAGCAACAAGCAGUUGUGUCAAUUGGCUACCAUUUGAAGCCAGUUAUCUGUAUGAGUCAAGACCUGGCUGGCACACAGCAAAUCCUAAGUGAAAAUUCUCAGAUAAAUUGGACGUGCAGGCUAGGAGACGCCCACAGUUGGCCUGGUGAAGGCCCAUUUCUCAAGACAGGGUUCCACUAAAACUCUUCACUGUUCUUUGUGGUUGAUGCUCUAUUGUACAAAUAGGAACUUGCAAAAUAAAUGUAUGUGAAUGAAA